ACUUGCAUCGCCAUGGAACGUUGCAGGCAAAAUGCGUCACAAUUGCCAUGACGUCGUAGGCAUUCCAAUGUCACCAUGACGAGAAAACAACCAAACAUUGGUGGCCAGUCCAUCAUGGCGGUCGCUUUGUUAUCAGGCAUCAGAUAAGGCAUCUACAUACGACCGCAUUAUAUACUGGCGAAGAAGGUAAACGUACACAACGGACACACUGAAACAAUUGUAAGUCGAAACAUCUUCUAAGGAAACUGGCAAUAUGAAGCGUCUCUCCCUGGAACCAUCGGCAACAAAGCCGACAUCCAGACCUAAACUCGAUCCCGGGGGAAGAAGAAGAUCACUAGCCCCCACAACGGGAUGGACAGACCACCCCUCCAUCACCUACUUUGGUGGUCGGAGAAACAUUAGAGCUGCUGGGGAUGUCAACUUGGAACCAGUCACAGCCAAUGUCAAACUCAGCAGAUUGCAGAUGCUAUUCGCAAAGGCCAGCCUGGCGGGCUUAGGGGGUUUAUCUUUGGAUGAGUUCAAGGUCGCCAUUCGGCAGACUUUGCACCACGACAUCAACGACUUCGACCUUGAAAUGAUGUUCAUGAAGAUGGACGCCAACUGUGAUGGCAGAAUAGACUGGGAGGAGUACCUCACGUACAACCUCCUGGAGUACAAGGAGAAGAACCAGAUGAUGCAGAUGCUGAGAGAUAUGCCCUUUCCAAACGAUAUGAAGGAAAUUCAGACAAAGCACCACGAACUCAUAGUCCGAGUCUCCUUCUAUCCCCACCUCACCAAGAGGAGCACCAAGGUCGACCCAACUAAAGGCAAGUAUGCUACCCUCAGUAGAGACGGGGUGGUGAGCUUCUGGACUAUUCAGAUGAAACAUGUACGGUCGAUCCCAGCAUUCAGCCCAGCUGACCGCAAAACACAGCCGUGGUAUGUCGAAAUGGCGUGUCUCUAUAACAACAAUAUGCUGGCAGUCGCUUCAACAGAGCGGGAUAUCACCUUCUUCGAAGUGUCGAGCAAGAAGCUUGUGAAGCGGUAUAUUAUCACUGGGUUGGAAGAUUGUAUCACGUGUUUAGACUGCCGGGCAGACUUAAAGGACAGGAAACAUACCGUUCUCCUAUGGGGAGACACUGCUGGCAACCUUUUCUCGGUCAACUUUGAAAUUCAGAGAGGAGGUGCAAUGUUCGGUACGCUGGAUCAGAAGAAAGACUCGGUUAAGAAAUUCAGUUUUGCCGAACUAUUCAGAGGGUACGUGCCAAAAGUGAAAGCUUACAAGUUAGGCAAUGUUCACGAUGAUUGGGUGUGCAAGAUACAGUAUGUGCAAGAGCUCAACUGUGUCCUGUCAUGUUGUCAAAGUACCAACACUGCCCUCUUUAUGGGAGACUUCGUCAAGAAGAAACCGCCGGCCUAUUUCAAAGCGAUGAAAGGUCUCCUCUGCUUCGACUACUGCCCCAUGCAUAAUAUCAUCGCAACAGGCGGUAUGGACUAUAACGUUCGCAUUUGGAACCCGUAUGUCGUCAACAGGGCGAUAGUCAUCCUCAAGGGGCAUAACAAACCAGUCAUUCACACAGUCUUAAAUGGGAGAAAAAACAUGCUGAUUAGUAUCGAUAAAGGAAAAACAAUCCGGAUCUACGACCUGAGGGACCAUAGCUGCCUUCAGCACAUUAGUGGUCGCAUGGUCAAACUGGGUCAGUUCUCCAUCUCUGCCGUCUGCUUCAACCGGAAGUUGCAGCAUCUGAUUCUUGCGACCAAUCUGUUAGCUCUGCUCGAACACAAGGACGAGGACGUCAAGAUUACAGAAGUUAUAUCCCAUACUAAACCGGUGGUGACAGCACUUUACAACCCCACCUUCAACGUGAUGGUCAGCGCCUGCGAGGGGUCUGUGGUCAGCAUUUGGAACAUCGAGAAUGGAGAGAAAGUAAUGCAGUUCAUCAACGCUCACAGUUCAAUCGAGAAUGGAGUCGAAAUUCCCGUUGAAAUUACGGUUAUGACAUUUGACACGGUAGGCCGACGCGUCAUUACCGGUGCGAGAGAUGGCAGCGUCAAAGUAUGGAACUUUAACAAUGGCGCAUGUCUCCAGAAUUUCCAAAUUCCUGAACAUAGCGUUAUAACAGGGAUUGUAAGUUCCAAACACCGCAUCUACGUAACUGGAUGGGACAGGAGAGUUCACAUUUACGUGGAUGGCGGAGGUGAGGAGAGCCGAAAGACGUGGCAGACACGACACAAAGAAGACAUCCUCAGUAUUGCAUACCUCAGCCCUAACAUCAUAGCAACCAGUUCUUAUGAUGGCGACAUCGUCAUCUGGUCACGUGACACGGGACACAUGUACAGCCGUCUUAAUGCUCACCUUGGUGUGCGACCAAUCAUUGAUCACUUUCAGAUGGAUAAUAGGGAUGAGGCAGAGGAGGAUCCCGAAACGGACAUCCCCGAAACUUCAAACCCCAGUCAGCCUUCCUCAAUCCCCACCCCAGCAGAUGGCAGGGUUUCUUCCAAGGGACGCAGCACUAGCAGCCCAAGGAAGAGUCUGAUGUUGGGCUCUCGGCUGGGGAGAUUGAAGGAGGGAGAGGAAGCCUCUUCCGAGGGCAGCACCCCAAAUAAGACGGCUUCAAAACAUUCAUGUGAACACCCCCUUCUCCGUGCCCUCGACAGUGAACGGAACAGCAGCCCGUCGGGAGAGUUUAAACCAAGGAGCAAGUUCAGCAGAGAUGAGUACGAAACUAUCAGUCAAGCUUACGAGGCAGCGGUCGAGAAAAUAGUAUUUCUUGAAACACGUGAAGCUCUGGAGAAGAAGACAGCUAUAAUGGUAACAGCAGGUGCUGAUGGAUGGGUUCGAGCCUGGUCUAUUCAUCACCAAGGAGGACUUCUGGGGCAGUUCUAUGCAUCUCAUGUGGUAGGGGACAGCAUUUCGACUGUCGAAACUGAUGCCCAAAACAGAUAUCUCUUCACGGCAGACAUGUCUGGGUAUAUCAAAAUCUGGGACCUUGUUGACUACUGCACCAGCACAAAAAUGUCGCAGAGAGAAGAAACCAGACACCUAGACCGGCUGAAGGAAAAGUUCACUUUUCUUAGGGUUGAAAGCGCCUAUGGCCAUAGCUUAUUCCAGAUUACGAAACAAGCCCGGAUAUUAAACUCCCGUCCACCUCCUCAGCGCAGCAAACCCGAAAAGAACAUGAAGACACCACGCCUACUCAACUCUUUCCGCGCUCAUAUAUGCCCUAUCAAUAGUAUCACCUUCAUAGAAGACCGUGAACUGAUCAUCACCGCCAGUAUGGAUUGUGCCAUCAGACUGUGGACCAUCUGUGGAAGAUACAUUGGGACAUUCGGGGAGAAGUGGAAUAAGCUGCCAAGGACUAUCAUCCCCGACAACAUCAAAAGGAACAUACCCAAAGAGCUACGUCGAGUAGGUUCUGCUAAAACGCUUAGGGUUCUCAACGGAGGCCAAGCACCUCACUGGGAGCUCGCUAUGAAGGUAGUUCGGCAGAGGGGCUUGGAACAGUUGAGGACACAGUUACCACACCUGCAGAGGCUGGACUACACAGGUACACCCGACAACGCUGAGCAGAAGGUUGGGGGCAGCAACAUCUUGGGCAAGUCUUACAAGGGGAAGGUCCGCCACAAAAUGCCGCCAGUACUGCCGAAACUCAUCGAAACCCCUAGAACUAUUGCUGUGUAUCACUCCAUUCCAUUUGUUGAUUUGAGUCCCAUCGGCCUUGUUCACUCUCCAGAGGUCAUUGAAGGAAUCAACAAACGCAGGAGGGCAGCCGCAUUAAGAUACUCAGCCAACAUCCAAGCAGGUCUGAUCUCAAAUUUCAUCAAGGUUAUCGCCAAACCAGUGGUGGGAUUCUCCAAACUGGGACCAAACAAUCGUCUGAAGAGAAUAAUCAGUUUUCACCGGCGUCCGAGAAGUCGAAACGGAACUCCAGACACCGAAGAUAUACGCAGUACACUCACGAACUGUCCGAGCACAGUGACUUCGGCAAGUCCAGAUUCAAGGUCAAGUCAUGGGGGGAAGCUGUAUCAGAUGGAAUGACAGACAUCGUCAGAUGUUUCCGGCGCAUCGGAGUAUAAUGGAUGAAUAGUUGAUUUGGUUCUUUCGCGUUUGUUAAGGAACUUUCUAUCAGGAGAUGACGUGCUUAGAGUAGCAUUAUGUUCACUUGACAAUCUAUUAUUAUAACGUGUAUGACAUAUGAAAUAUACAUUACCAAUAACAAAAUUAAAUACUUGCUCAUAUUGAAGCUUAAAAACUACAGUACAUCAGAAGAAUAAAUAUAGCAGUUAUGAAUGGAGCUGUUAACGAUGAAACAGUCAUACAAACCGAUUUCUCUGUCGUGCUUUAAUUUUUAUUUUUAAGUGAUUUGAAUAUUUACGUUUUAUUUAAUAUUGUAUUUUCGACACGUUUAACCAGUUUUAUAUGAAUAUUAAAUUUUGUGUAUGGCC